AUGUCGCAGCUCCUGCGUCCUGAGAACCUACAGGACCGCCUCUUGUUGGCCAUCCCGAAGAAGGGCCGCCUUUAUGAGACCUGCAUUUCUUUGCUGAAUGGUGCAGAUAUCCAGUUCAAGCGUGCGCAUCGUCUGGAUGUGGCGCUCGUGACCAACCUGCCUAUCGCGCUCGUGUUCCUCCCAGCAGCCGACAUCCCGCGCUUUGUGGCUAACGGUAAUGUGGACCUUGGUAUUACCGGUCAGGAUAUGGUGCGUGAGUCUGGUCCGGAUGUGUCUGUGAGCAUCACUGAAGUAAUGCCUCUCGGCUUUGGCAAGUGCCGUCUGCAGGUGCAGAUCCCUGAGGUGGGUGACAAGAUCCAGACGGUCGAAGACUUGAUCGGCAAGAAUGUGGCCACGAGCUUCGAGCACCUCACUAGCGAGUUCUUCCGCGAUCUCGAAAGGAAGGCGGGCGUCCUGGGCGAGAACGGCCAACUCAAGACGUCGAUCCACUCGCUCAGCGGCAGUGUGGAAGCCGCAUGCGCCUUGGGCCUCGCUGAUGGCAUUGUCGACCUUGUCGAAUCGGGCGAGACAAUGCGUGCGUGUGGCCUGAAGCCCAUUGACACGCUCAUGUCGUCUGAAGCCGUUCUGAUCAGCUCUUCCAAGCCGCACGAGCACACGAACACGUCGCUGAUUUCUCUCAUUACCGCGCGCAUCCGUGGUGUGAUUGCUGCUUCCAAGUACGUAUUGUGUCAGUACAAUAUUCAGAAGGACAACCUGGCGGAGGCGUUGAGUAUUACGCCCGGCCGCCGCGCUGCCACGGUGAGCCCGCUUCGUGAGUCGAACUGGAAUGCCGUGUCGAGUAUGGUGAAUCGCAGCGACGUUGCCACCAUCAUGGACCGCCUCGAGUCGGUUGGUGCGAGCGAUAUCCUCAUUCUCAGUAUCAACAAUUGUCGUGUGUAG